ACGAAAAACUGGCCAAUCGAUACAGGGUAAGCACAGACAGCUCUACUGUUGACACCACACCAGCGGGGAGACGUCCAGUCGGUCGACUCGUUGUCAUGGAGCGAUGCUUUAGUGUCAGCAGAGAUGGUUCUGGUCUUUGCUCCCCACCUCCUCCAGCAUCACCUCCUCCUUGUCCUCACGUCCUCCAUUCUCCUCGUCAGCCCCCUCCCAUUCCUCCCUCCUUCUCCCCAUCAGUCCUGACUACUCCUCCUCGACAAGGAAGGCUAAGUCUUGCGGGAGCCAUGGUGGACGUCAGUAAGUGGCCCCUGUUCUCUCUGCUGAGCGCUGAGGAACUAGCCACAGUCCGACAGGCCUGUGUCUUUGGAACCUCUGCUAAUGAAGCCAUCUACAUCACACAUGGCAAUGAGGUAUUUGUGAUUGGUUUGAACAGCAGCAGCUGCCUUGGUACAGGAGACAGUCUGAGCACCGUUGUGCCAAAGAAACUGGACUUCCUGCAGGGAAAGAAGGUAGUUAGCCUGAGCUAUGGAAGCGGGCCUCAUGUCCUACUGACCACCGAGGAUGGACAGCUGUUUGCUUGGGGGCACAAUGGCUACAGUCAACUGGGGAAUGGGAAUACCAACCAGGGACUGUCACCGUUGCUGGUCACCGCCAACCUACAGAACAAGAAAGUGAGAGAAGUGGCGUGUGGCUCACAUCACUCUAUGGCCCUCUGUCAUGAUGGAGAGGUCUUUGCUUGGGGUUAUAACAACUGUGGCCAGAUCGGCUCCGGCUCCACGGCCAACCAGCCCUACCCCAGGAGAGUCACCGGCUGCCUGCAGGGGAAGACUGCUGUUGGCAUCACAUGUGGACAGACCUCCUCCAUGGCUCUGAUUGACAACGGAGAGGUUUAUGGCUGGGGCUACAAUGGUAAUGGACAGCUGGGCGUAGGAAACAAUGGAAACCAGCUGACACCUUGUCGCCUUGCUGUACUACAAGGGCUGUGUAUGCAACAGAUUGUAUCAGGCUACAGCCACUGCCUGGCACUAACAGACGAAGGGCUGCUGUAUUCCUGGGGAGCAAACACCUACGGUCAACUGGGAACUGGCAACAAGAACAACCACCUCAGCCCUGUACAAAUCAUGGCUGACAAAGAGAGGAUUGUAGAGGUCGCAGCAUGCCAUUCAACACAUACUUCAGCAGCCAAGACCCAAAGCGGGCAGGUGUACAUGUGGGGUCAGUGUCGGGGUCAGUCCAUCGUCAUUCCACACCUCACACACUUCAGCAACACUGACGACGUCUUCGCCUGCUUCGGCACACCCCCCGUCAUGUGGAGGCUCAUGUCUGUGGAGCAUGAUGGCUUCAUGACUGUUGCGGAGGCUCUGAGGAAAGAGUUUGACAGUCCAGAAACGUCGGAUCUGAAAUUCAGCGUUGACGGGAAAUGCAUUCACGUUCACAAAGCCGUGCUGAAGAUCAGGUGUGAGCAUUUCCGGUCCAUGUUUCGGUCCCAAUGGACGGAGGAUCAGCAGGAGGUGAUCGAGAUCGGCCAGUUCUCCUACCCCGUCUACAGAUCCUUCCUGCAGUUUCUCUACACAGACACCGUGGACCUUCCACCUGAGGACGCCAUCGGCCUGUUGGACCUGGCCACCUCUUACUGUGAAAACCGGCUGAAACGUCUGUGUCAGCAGAUCAUCAAGAGAGGCAUCACUGUCGGAAACGCCUUCACCCUGCUCUCUGCCGCCAUACGAUACGACGCAGAGGACCUGGAAGUGUUUUGUUUUAGGUUUUGUGUAAACCAUCUGACUCAGGUGACUCAGACUGGAGCCUUCUGGCAGGUGGAUGGAGCCAUGCUCAAGGAGUUUAUCAGCAAAGCUAGCCGCUGCGGAGCCUUCAAGAACUAAGAAAUGCCCUUAUAAACUAUAUUCUGACCAAGUGGAUGUGGUUGUGCUGCAACUGUAGCAGCAGAGC